AUGGUCGACAGCACCUCUGGGCCCACUGCAACAGUCGCCAGCACCUCUGUCCACACCACGACUGUCACCAGCACCUCUGCACCCACCACGAUGGUCACCAGGACCACAGGGCCCACCACAAUGGUCUCCAGCACCUCUGGACCCACCACAACGGCGACCGGCACCUCUGGCACCUCUGGGCCCACCAUGACGGUCGCCAGAACCUUCGGGCCCACCACAACGGCCUACAGCACCACUGGGACCACCACAAAGGUCACCAGCACCUCUGGGCCCACCACGAUGGACACCAGCACCACUGGGCCAACGACGACUGUCUUCAGCACCUCCGGGCCCACCACGAUGGUUGCCAGCAUCCCUGAGCCUACCACGACUUUUGCCAGAACCUCUGAGGCUACCACAAUGGUCACCAGCACGUCUGGGCCGACCAUGACUGUUGCCAGCAGCUCUAGCCCAACCACAACGGUCGCCAGCACCUCCGGACCCUCUGGGCCUACCACGACUGGUGCCAGCAGCUCUAGACCCACAAUGACGGUCACCAGCACGUCUGGGCCCACCACGAUUGUCACCAGUGCCUCUGGGCGCCCCACGAAGGUCACCAGCACCCCUGGGCCCACUACGACGGUCACCAGCACGUCUGGGCCCACCACGACGGUUGCCAGCACGUCUGGGCCCACCGCGAGUGUCACCAACAGUACAGGGCCCAUCACAAACGACACCAGAACCUCUGGACCCACCACAAAAGCCACCAGCAUGUCUGGGCCCACCACGACGGUGGCAAGCACUAUAGAGCCCACCACAAUGUACACCAGCACCUCUGAGCCCACCACGAUGGACACCAAAACCUCUGGGCCCACCAUGACAGUCGCCAGCACAUUCGGGCCCACCAUGACGACGUCCAGCACCUCCGGGCCCACCACAACUGUCGCCAGCACACCUGGGCCCACCACGACAGUCGCAAGCACCUCUGGGCCCACCACGAUGGAUACCAGCAACUCUGGACAAACGACGACUGUCUUCAGCACCUCUGGGCCCACCACGACUGUCGCCAGCACCUCGGGGCCCACCACGACUGUUGCCAGCACCUCUGAGGCUACCACAACGGCCACCAGCACGUCUGGGCCCACCAUGACUGGGCCCACCACAAUGGCCUCCAGUACCUCUGGGCCCACCGCGACAGUUGCCAGCACCUCUGUCCACACCACGACUUUCACCAGCACCUCUGGCACCUCUGGGCCCACCUCGACAGUCGCCAGCACCUCUGGACCCACCACGACCGUUACCAGCACCUCUAGGCCCACCACGACGGUCGCCAGCACCUCUGGGCGCACCACGACGGUCAGCAGCAGCUCUGGGCCCACCAGAACUGUCGCCAGCACCUCUAGGCCCACCACUAUGGCCACCAGCACUUCUGGACCCACCACGGUGGUGUCCAUUAGCUCUGAGCCAACCACAAUGGCCAGUAGCACCUCUCGGCCCACCACAACGGUCGCCAGCACCUCUGGGCCCACCACAACGGUCGCCAGCGCCCACCGCGACAGUUGCCAGCACCUCUGUCCACACCACGACUUUCACCAGAACCUCUGGGCCCACCACGACGUCACCAGCACCUCUGGGCCCACCACGACUGUCACCAGUACCUCUGGGCCCACCAUGAUGGUAACCAGCACCACAGGGCCCACCACGACAGUCGACCGCACCUACGGGCCCACCACGAAGGACACCAGCACCUCUGGGCCCACCACGACGGUCUCCAGCACCUCUGGGCCCACUACAACUGCCUCCAGCACGUCCGGGCCCACCACGACCAUCACCAGGCCCACCACGACGGUCACCAGCACCUCUGGGCCCACCACGACGGUCGCCAGCACCUCUGGGCCCACCACGACUGUCACCAGCACCUCCGGGCCCACCACGACGGUCGCUAGCACCUCUGGGCCCACUACAACUGCCUCCAGCACGUCCGGGCCCACCACGACCAUCACCAGCACUACAGGGCCCACCACGAUGGUCACCAGCACCUCUGGCCCCACCACGACGGUCACCAGCACCUCUGGGCCCACCACGAUGGUCGCUAGCACCUCUGGGCUCACCACGACUGUCACCAGCACCUCUGGGCCCACCAUGAAGGACACCACCACCUCUGGGGCCACCACGAUGGUCGCCAGCAACUCUGGGCCCACCAUGACGGCCACCAGCACCACAGGGCCCACCACAAUUGUCGCCAGCACCCCUGGGCCCACCACAAUUGCCUCCAGCACCUCUGGACCCACCUUGACAGUCACCAGCACCUCUGGGCCCACAGCGAUGGUCGCCAGCACCUCUGGGCCCACCACAAUUGCCUCCAGCACCUCUGGACCCACCUCGACAGUCACCAGCACCUCUGGGCCCACCAUGAUGGUCACCAGCACCACAGGGCCCACCACGACAGUCGACAGCACCUCCGGGCCCACCACGAAGGACACCAGCACCUCUGGGCCUACCACGACCGUCACCAGCACUACAGGGCCCACCACAAUGGUCGCCAGCAGCUCUGGGCCCACCACAAUUUCCUCCAGCACCUCUGGGCCCACAUCGACAGUCGCCAGCACCUCUGGACCCACCACGACCGUUACCAGCACCUCUAGGCCCACCACGACGGUCGCCAGCACCUCUGGGCGCACCACGACGGUCAGCAGCAGCUCUGGGCCCACCAGAACUGUCGCCAGCACCUCUAGGCCCACCACUAUGGCCACCAGCACUUCUGGACCCACCAUGGUGGUGUCCAUUAGCUCUGAGCCAACCACAAUGGCCAGUAGCACCUCUCGGCCCACCACAACGCUCUGGGCCCACCACGACCGUCACCAGCACUACAAGACCCACCACGAUGGUCGCCAGAACCUCUGGGCCCGCCACAAUGGAUGA